AUGAGAGACUAUAAGCUGGUGGUGCUAGGAGCCGGCGGGGUCGGCAAGUCGUGCCUAACCGUGCAAUUCGUCCAGGGCGUGUAUCUGGACACGUACGACCCGACGAUCGAAGACUCGUAUCGCAAGUCCAUGGAGAUUGACAACAAGAUCUUCGACCUGGAGAUCUUGGACACCGCGGGCGUCGCGCAAUUCACGGCGAUGCGGGAGCUGUACAUCAAAUCUGGGCUCGGGUUUCUGCUGGUGUACUCGGUGACGGACCGGCAAUCGCUGGAGGAAUUGGUGGAGCUUCGCGAACAAGUCCUGCGAAUCAAGGACUCGGACCGGGUGCCAAUGGUGCUGGUGGGCAACAAGGCGGACCUGGAGGAAGAGAGGGUGGUGUCGGUCGAGGAGGGCAUCGAGAUGAGCAGCAAAUGGGGGAAAGUGCCGUUUUACGAGACCAGCGCGCUGCUGCGCAGCAACGUGGAGGAAGUGUUUGUAGACGUGGUGAGACAGAUUAUCCGCAACGAGUUGGAGGCGGCGAACGCGAACGCGAGUGCGAGUGCCGGCCUGGGCGCGGGCGCGGGCGCGGGUGUUGCGCGAGCCGAGGCUCCUGCUGGGAGGGAAAAGACGGCGGUGAGCAGGGACAAGGCACCCGUGGGCGGGCCCAAGAAACCGGAGCCCAAGCGCAGGAAGAAGAGCAAGAAGAAGAACGCGUGUGUAGUGCUGUAG